CAUCUCCAAAGUCCAGACCCAAAAAGAACACAACCAAAACUCAACAAAAAUCCUAUCAGAUAAACAAAAGCCUCUACUGGGACUCGAACCCAGAGCCUCUUGAUCGCAACUUCUGCCCGAUUAAAAUCAGGUCGUAGAAGUCAAGCGCGCUACCGAUUGCGCCACAGAGGCUGGAAUGGAACUCGGAUUUUACUCGGUUUGUUUAUCCCGUUUUACUUGUCCUGUUGAUAUGGAUCUUGCUUUGAUAGGCAUUGUUACUUUGUACUUAUCUAUGACCGUGUGGAGGGUUGGAAUUCAAGUUCUGUUCAGGACUGGACAGAUCUAUAACAGUGUCUGGCCAAUGGACUGGAUUGAAGUCACUAGGUGGCAAUGAUUUGGACUAACCGUAUUCAGUUAAUCUUCGCUCUACCUACUACCUAUGAUGUUACCUAUGAUGUAUAAUGUUUAACAUCAAAG